GGAAACCCUCUUAUUCGAACCCGCGACAGAACGCGUCAUGCACACCCUAUGACGUUCUCCUCCAUUUUGUCAUUGUUGCGACGAAGGAGUCAGAUCGUUUACUUUGCAUCUUAUCUGAGAUCCGAAUUCUUUGAUUAUUUUUUCCUUUCUGUUGCCAAAAACGUCCUCCUAUCUAAAAAUUUGCAUACAAAAGGUCUAUGUUUUCUUCCUAAGCUAGUGCGCUAUUGGUUUCUUCUGAGAUGGGAUUGGCCACUUCACCAUGGCGACAUGUAUCCAACUGAAUUUCAUACGUGUUCUCCAUGCGAGACACGAUUAAUUACCAUGAACUGCCAAAGAAUAGAGAAAAAUACGAAACCUCCGGCUAUAUACGGAUGUGAAUCGCAACUGAUAUGUAAAGGAGAGCCGUCCAAUCAAUAUGUCUCGCCUGACUUGACCAUAUUUGCCUGUUAUCCAUGUGUAUCUAGCAAUCCCAGUACCCAUUUUUCUCGACUCUUUCUUUUUUUUAAAAACAUGCACAAGUGAAUUCGUGGCAAUGAUGACCAGUGGAUGCAGGCAAUUAUAUAGUGUUUUUUUCUAUUUACA